GGAGGCGUGGCCACUGGAGGACUUCGGCGGGGGAUGAGCUAGACUCGCGGCGGGGACCAGCAGGGCUUAGAGGCCCCGCGUAAGGUUCUGGACCACCAGGGACAGAAUCAGGUGCAGAAACCGGCGAGCCCCCGCGUAAGGAAGAGGCUUCCAGAUACUUCGGGGCCCAGGACUCAGGCGGGGGGGCGGAGCUUCGUGGCGCAUGCGGCGUCGGGGCGAGGCCGGCGCUGGCCAACAUGGAGGCGAAUGUGUUCCGGUUUCGAGAUGCCCGCGCCGCGCCGGAUCCGGUGCUGCUGGAGCUGCAGGAACUGCUGCUGGACUACAGCUUCCAGCACCUGGGCGUCUCCUCGCAGGGCUGUGUCGAUCAUCCCAUAGUUUUGACAGAGGCCGUGUGCAACCCACUCUAUUCCCGCCAAAUGAUGUCGGAGCUCCUGUUUGAAUGCUAUAGGAUCCCCAAGGUUGCCUAUGGGAUAGAUAGUCUCUUCAGCUUCUAUCACAACAUGCCCAAGAAUGCCCUUUCCAGCGGCCUCAUCAUUUCAUCCGGCUACCAGUGUACACACAUUUUACCCGUCUUAGAAGGAAGGCUAGAUGCCAAAAACUGCAAACGCAUCAAUCUCGGAGGAAGUCAGGCGGCUGGCUACCUGCAGCGGCUUCUCCAGCUCAAGUAUCCAGGGCACCUGGCAGCCAUCACCCUCAGCCGCAUGGAGGAGAUCCUACAGGAGCACAGCUACAUUGCGGAGGACUAUGGGGCAGAAUUGCAGAAGUGGCGGUGCCCUGAUUACUAUGAGAACAAUGUCCACAAGAUGCAGCUCCCAUUCUCUAACAAGCUCCUGGGUAGCACACUGACGGCUGAGGAGAAGCAGGAGCGGCGGCAGCAGCAGCUGCGACGACUUCAGGAGCUCAACGCCCGGCGGCGGGAGGAGAAGCUACAGCUGGAUCAGGAGCGCCUGGAGCGGCUGCUCUAUGUGCAGGAGCUCCUAGAGGAUGGCCAGAUGGACCAGUUUCACAAAGCCCUCAUAGAGCUGAACAUGGACUCCCCAGAAGAACUGCAGUCCUAUAUCCAGAAGCUCACCUUGGCUGUGGAGCAGGCCAAGCAGAAAAUUCUUCAAGCGGAAGCCAACCUCGAAGUAGAUGUAGUAGACAGCAAGCCAGAGGUUAUCCCACAGCAGCUGCACCAAUCUGCCACCACAUCUCUUAGCUGUCAGUCUGCAUUGCUGGAGAGUAGCACUCCUGACCUGGAACAACUGGAGCCCUCCCUGGAGGAUGUGGAGAGUAUCAAUGAUUUCGAGCCCUUGUUCUCAGAGGAAGCGCCUGAAGUGGAGAAGCCAGUCACCACAGUCCAGCCCGUGUUUAACUUGGCAGCGUAUCAUCAGCUGUUUGUUGGGACAGAAAGGAUUCGUGCCCCGGAGAUUAUUUUCCAGCCGUCUCUCAUAGGAGAGGAGCAGGCAGGGAUUGCAGAGACUCUUCAUUACGUCCUGGACAGGUACCCAAAGGCUGUUCAGGAUACCCUGGUCCAGAACGUGUUCCUCACUGGUGGGAACGUGAUGUAUCCGGGCAUGAAGGCCAGAAUGGAGAAGGAGCUGCUAGAGAUGAGGCCCUUUCAGUCCUCCUUCCAGGUUCAGCUUGCCUCAAACCCUGUGCUGGAUGCCUGGUAUGGCGCUCGUGACUGGGCCUUGGAUCACCUAGAAGACAGUGGAGCCUGGGUCACCAGGAAGGACUAUGAAGAGAAGGGGGGCGAGUACCUCAAGGAACAUUGUGCCUCCAACACCUACGUCCCCAUCCGCCUGCCUAAGCAGGCCUCACGUGCCUCAGAGACCCAGACUUCCGGGAGAGGAUCCGGGGCCAGUGGAAGUGGAGCUGGUGAACAGGCCUAGCAGAGGGGACGGCUUCACUCAUGACAUCGGCAGUAUUUGGGACAAAGACGGAGCCCCACGCUGCCCAGCUCCACCAGCUUUGUUUGGCUACUGACUAGAUUUCUCCUGGGAGUGCAGCAGAGGACAGCAGGUGAUCUGCCUCAGUGAAGGACAGAGUGGCCUCUGGCAUGGAAUACCACGGGCGAGCUGUGGCACUGCUUUCCUCAGCAGUGAGAGAAGACUGGUGGAGACUAGAAGUGGACAGGCACGAGGUGUUUCUCUUUGCACUUGGAAGCCUUCGUUUUCUAAAAAUGCCCUGACGUUGUCGGUGUAGUGUUUA